AAUCUCAAACCGACGGUCACACUUUACAACCGAGCGCGCAAGUAACAACAAUUUUGUUUUGCUCAUUUUUUUUUGCUUUCCGAGGACACACCGGCGACCAUGAAGCGCACUAAGGACGAGGACAAGGAGGAGUCGCCGUCCCAGCCGGUGACCCACAAUUCCAGCGCCGGCAGCAACGGCCACGACGCCCCAUCUCCGGUGGCGGCCACAUCUGCGCCGGCGGCCACCUCCUGCGCCGUUCCGGAUGCCUCGGCCUCUGGAGCCUCCGUUCGCACGACGGGACGCGUGAAGAAACCCAAACUGGUGUACGAUCCCUCCGACAACUAUGUGUCCCGGGCCAGCAGCAAUCGCAGUUCCCUCGGCGCAGCUGGAGCCGCUGCAGCUCCUGCCACUGUCAUUCCCGGUGUCCAGCAGUCAUCACCUGCCAAGGAUGCAGCCAAAGAGCUGGUGGCCAGCGAUUCCCAGGACUCCAUACCCAAUACGGCCGUUUCCGAGCAGCAGCCGGCGCAGAAUCGCAACUACGACACGUGCCAGAAGUGCUCCAAGAGCGAACCGAAGCGGGGAUCCGGCCACAAGAGCAACUUUCUCACCUGCAAGGGCUGCAUGCAGAAAUGGCACUUUCCCUGUUUGCCCAUCAACUUCGAGAACCAGAGCCUGGCCCGCAAGAAGUACAAGUGCGAGAAGUGUCGCUACUGCCAGGUGUGCAACGUGAGGGGUCGGGAUCUGGCCAUCUGCAGCAAUUGCGUGGACGCCUACCAUGCGGACUGCAAUGAUCCCACCAUCAAGCAGGCCAAGUCAGUGGACACCAAUCCCAAGUGGAAGUGCUUCCGAUGCGAGGCGAGUAAUAGCGGCCAGAACACCAGCCCUUCCAGCGAGGAGCAGGCGGGGGGCAGGAAGUCCAACGCAAGUCGCGAGGAGCAGCCAGUGACGGUGGUGGUGGCGGCCAGAAAGUCCAAUGCGGGUCGCAAGAAGCGCGUCCAGUCCGAUCCCACGGGUCAGGAGAAACCAGCAAAGAUUGAGAAACUGGGCAAACGCAGUCCACCUUUGAAAAUGGACGAGAAAAAAGAGAGGAAGGAGGUGGCCAAGGAGGAGAAGGUGGAGAAGAUGGAAGAGCAGCGGGAGCAGCCAGUGGUGGUGGUCAAAGUGGAGAAGGUGGAGCAGGAGGAAGAUGAUGGGGAGAAUAAGCAUGAGCACAUGCAGCCAGAGCAUCCCUCACGUCUAACGCCACCGCCUCCUGCGGCCGCAGAUAGCCCCGUGGACAUCAAGGGCCAGCCUGUGUCCAGCUGGUCCGUGGAGCAGGUCGUCGGCUUUGUGGCCAAGCACUAUCCGAAGGAGGCGAACGUGUUCCGCUACCAGGACAUCGAUGGCGCCUCCCUGCUGCUGCUCACCCGCCAGGAUGUGAUGAACGGAUUCGGCCUGAAGCUGGGACCGGCGCUGCGCGUCUUUGAACUCGUCAUGUCCCUGCAGAGUCGCUCCGACGACGUGAGACUCGCCUGGUUCGAGUAGCAUCGAGUAGAACCGCCACCUCCUUAGCACCUAAGAUCCUUGCGCCGCACUGUAACUUUAAUCUAAUAAACUCGUCUGGAGCGUGGCCUUGUAUGCUGGCCACCAAUAAAAGCUUAUAUUAAGUCUUCCGGCGGAUGGUCUGGCCUGCGCUCCAGUUUUUAAGCUGUUCUUCUGUAAUUCUACACUUGCAUCUGCUAUAUUUGCAAAACAAAUAUGACUUUUAUUCAAA